AUGGGCAGCGUCUCAAGGAUAGCCGGGCAGCCUGGCAGCUUCACACUGCUGUCAGCUAAGGACACUAGAUCACUGCAGUGGCAGGGACACUCAACAAAGAUCAUCCUCACCUCCACACCGCAUUGUUUGACCUGGGAAGAUGACACCACCCAGCAGUUUCUGUCCAAGGAGUUAUCCAAAUUGAGGAGGAUUCCCCUCAGGUCACAGCAGAAUGGAGCUGUCUACAACCCUGACAGCAGGCCUGCAGCUGAAGCGAUGGACCCAGUAGACCAGAGGGUGAAGCCGGUGGAGGUGGAGCUCAGCAGAAAUCUGCAGAUGUACCUCCAACGUCUCGGCCUCCUUCCCAAGACGUCGUCUGCCUCCGGUCUGAGCACCCCUGACAAGAGUGAUCGUUUCCAGUCAGGCAUCCCUGCAGACUUUUAUCGCUCCAAGGCCCAGAUUUCGGCUCAGAAGUCGUCUCCCUCCAGCUUUUCCUCUCUUUCAUCUUUCUUACCUCUGCAGAAGCAGAGACCUCCAGCUGACCAGCUCCUUGCCACGCAAGCAGAGGGCGACCUUCUCCUUGGCGCCCUGAGGCAGUAUCUCUCCGGGCAUCUGUCCCUCCAUGGCGUGGAGAUGAGCCCCGAGGAGCAGGCGGGCCCCUCGCCCCGCCUGAGGCCCCUCUACAGCGACGGAAUAGAAAACUCUGGGCUCAAAAAGGAGACCUCAAAAUCCAGGCUUCUGAAGUUGGGAAGAACUCAAGGGGAUUCAGUCAAGGACCCUCUGACGUCUGUGGAUGAGAGGUUCAUCGAGAAUGUUUUGAAGAAUGUCGUCAGGCAACAUGUGGACGUGGAUGGCUUGACGCCUCAGGAUUUGGGCCAGCUGUCCAGUCUGAUAGCUGAUGCUCUGCAGGUGGUUGACCAUGACCAGAAUCUAAACAGAGGCCUCACCCACGUUAGACCUGGACCAAGAGACUUGGAGGGAGAGCUGGAACAAGAGGAGGAGGCUGCCAGGGAUGAGGAAGACGAGAAGUUACUCGAGAGCGCUCCAACACUGAAACCACAGGAGAGUACUCCUAUUAUGCCGGCAGCACUUCAAGAGCGUCACGCGGAUACGGAGGAGCAUAAUGUGAAGGACGAGCCUGAGAGUGGAACCCUCUUCACCAAACUUCUCGCCUACCUGGACAAAACUUCCUUCGGCGCCUCUCCUUCAGCAAGAAAUCGUGACAACGUUGCCAUGGGAACACCCAAAGGCCAACAGGUGGGCCUGGAAAAUGUCCAGAGCCGGACCAGCGAGGCAGGGGUGAAGGUGCAGAAGAAGGACGGCACCCAGUCUGUGGAGGAGGUGUCGGAGGUGCAGGGCUGGAUCAAGGAGGUGGUGCCCCCUCCUGCUUCGCUUGUGUAUGAGGAGCCGCACAAGAAGACGAUGCACGUUCCGGAACUCCAGCUGGACGUCAAAGUGGGCAGGAAGAAGGCAGACGAUGAUGUGUUCGGCUAUGUCAUCACUGACACAGAUGGACUACAGACAGAUGAAGGCCUCCACCUGAUGGAAAUCCUGGCUCGCAGGGCUAAAAUCCAGAUGACGGACUUCGCCAAGCUCUCGGUGGUGGGCCCCGCUGUGACCUUCAAAGUGAGCCCGAACACUCAGAACGUCACCACCGCAGAUGUGGCCAACGUGGCUGUCCAGCAGAAAGAGGCUCUGGAGAAAGAAGCCAAGGUCAGCAUCCUGGAGGCCGGGGUCACCGAUGAAAGCCAGAUCAACCAGAUCCCCACCAAGUACAGCCAGGCCGAGUCGACGAAGUUCUUCAUCCUCACCAUUGUGUCUAUCCUGUGCAUUGUUGGCGUGCUGCUGGCCUCUACAGUGGUCUACUGCCUCCGCCACCGCUCCCACCACAAGCUGAAAGAGAAGCUCACCAAUCUGGGAGCAGAUACUGGCAGCGAUGCUACCGCCACCUAUCAGGAGCUCUGUCGUCAGCGCAUGGCAGUCAAACCUCCAGCUGAGCGUCCGGAGCCCAUCUCCUCCAGGAUCAACAGCGUGUCGUCUCAGUUCAGCGAUGGGGGUCAAGCCGUCAGCCCCUCAGCUCGCAGCAGCAUCUCCUCCUGGAGCGAAGAGCCCGCUCACUCCAACAUGGACAUCUCCACUGGUCACAUGAUACUGUCCUACAUGGAGGAUCAUAUGAAAAACAAGGAUCGCCUGGAGAAGGAGUGGGAGGCGCUGUGUGCCUAUCAGGCAGAACCCAACGCCUGCACCAUCGGCAUGAAGGAUGGCAACGCCAAGAAGAACCGCUCUGCUGCUGUUGUGGCGUAUGAUCACUCCAGAAUCACCUUGAAGGUGGAGAACAGCCAAGGCAACUCUGAUUACAUCAAUGCCAGCCCGAUCAUGGAUCAUGAUCCCAGGAACCCAGCCUACAUUGCUACUCAAGGCCCUCUGCCCUCCACUGUGGCUGAUUUCUGGCAGAUGGUAUGGGAGAACGGCUGCGUGGUCAUUGUUAUGCUGACACCUCUCGUCGAGAGUGGGGUGAAGCAGUGCUACCACUACUGGCCCGACGAGGGAUCCAACCUGUAUCACAUCUACGAGGUGAACUUGGUAUCCGAACACAUCUGGUGCGACGAUUUCCUGGUUCGUAGCUUCUACCUAAAGAACAUGCAGACCAAUGAGACACGAACCGUCACUCAGUUCCACUUCCUGACCUGGCUCAACCAGACCGUCCCGGAGACCAGCCGGACGCUCCUCGACUUCCGCAGAAAAGUUAACAAGUGCUACAGGGGACGCUCGUGUCCUAUCAUAGUCCACUGCAGUGACGGUGCAGGAAGAAGUGGGACCUACGUCCUGAUCGACAUGGUCCUCAACAAGAUGGCUAAAGGUGCCAAGGAGAUUGAUAUUGCAGCGACUCUGGAGCACCUGCGGGACCAGAGGCCGGGAAUGGUUCAGACCAAGGAUCAAUUUGAGUUUGCGUUGACGGCCGUUGCAGAGGAGGUGAACGCCAUUCUGAAAGCUCUUCCACAGUAGAAAGGAGCGCCUCCUUCUGAUGAACCUCCUUCCUUAUCUUCACCUCCUCUCUUGUCUCAUUGAGAGGACGGUCCCUAUUAUUACAUCCUUAUUUGUCCUCCUCCUGUCUCCUCAGUUUGCUUCCUUGUUCCAAUCUCCUUCUUUCAUUCUCCCCCUCUGACUGUUUUGUUUUAUGCUUUCUCGUUUCAUUUCUUCUUUUCCCAAAUUAUCAUCCUUGUUUUUCCGGUGUCCUUUUCUUUCGUCUGUCCAGUUCAUACAUGUCAUUUCCUAAAUGUCCUUCUUUCCAUUCUCUUUAUUGUCAUGUCCUUUCUGUCUUCAGAAAAAAAAAGCAGAUGUCCCUUCCUUCCCUCAUUGUGUCCAUUCUCCUCUUGUGUCCUUUCCUUAAACAUCCUCUUCUUUCCACUAAUGCCCCCUCCCUUCCUUUCCUCCCAUCUCCUCCUCUCCUUGCAUCUUAGUAAACAUUGUGCCAGGAAAACGUUGAACCAGUCCUGUACAUAGAUAGACCUUCCUUCUAUUGUAAUGAUCCAUGCAGCCUGUUUUCCAAAGUGUCAUUUACACACAUUUUCAUAGAUUGAUAAAAAAAAAAAUGCUUCUCUAUGUUCUGUUAAGAGUAUAUUUAUUAUCAUUUCUGUUUGGAUGUUAUGAGUUUGUGUGGGAUGUUGAUCAUCAUGUCUGUAUCACAAAAUUGUAUUUGUGUCUGAUUUUUAGAGCCAUGCUUUCUGAUAUGUUGUCAUGCAGUACGCUAGAGUGUCACAGUUUAACUUAUCUUUCAUCUCCCAUUGAGGAUUUUUUCCCCAAUAACAGUAAGUGAUGAAAAACUGCCAAUAGGGUGUUGUUUCCGGCAUUUGUGGCAUUUAAAAUCUGUAAUUUUCCACUUAUUGUGAGAAAUAUAAAACGACGCUGGUGCUGGAUGUGAGGUGAAAGAACAUGGAUAUAUUUUUCUCAAUGUGUAAUUCUCAUUAUCCUAGUAGAAGCAAUAUUGUGUUUCUUCAACCUGAAUCACUAUCUCUCGUGGACAACCAAUAUUGUGGCUUGUCAGUGAAGUUACACUCAUGUCUGCCUUAAUAAAAAAACAGUAGAUGGACUCUUAAAAUGCGUCCAGCCACGAUGAAGCUAUAGGCUAGUGUGUAACGCUUCAUUUUAAAAUGGCCUUAUUCCAGGGGAUUAACCUGUGGAUUAAAGGUUUGCCGUGCUGUUACUUAGUGAAAAUCCCUCUGAUAAGCACUGGAGAAUAUGCAGUCUUUAAUAAUCUGGUCCAGGACGUUAUUUAUUGUGAGAAGUUUGUGACAGUCUUUGAAUCAGCUCAACAGCAGUCAUCUUGUGUACUUUAAAAAUAAACUAAUAAUCAAUUUGAACACUGAAAUGAUGCCGUUAUAAAAUCAAGUGUUUCUGACUAGUGCUUUUAUGAUAAAAGAGGUUAGUCUUGCUUCUGAAUAGCAGUUCUUCUAUGUAGCAUUAAUGGAUGAUUUGUACAUGUACAGUAGCUGAACCUGUAUUGCAUUGAAAACUAGUUUGCAGUUCCACUUGUCAGCUGGUUUUCCCAAAAGCAUCUUGGGACUAACUGGUUUUUGUUCCGUUGUAAAUGAAAAGAGCAGCAUUAAAGGUCCAGACCUUUUCUGCAUUUGCAUGUUUAAGCUAGUUUACUUCAAACUGCUUGUGCUUUACAUCGCUGCUAACCAAAUGAUGUUCCUGUGUCUCACCUUUUUGAACAUAUUGUGUUUUAAAAUAUAUUCUAAGUGCCCAAACCUUCCCAUUCAUUUCCGUCAAUGAUAAAAAUUAAUUAGUGGUCCCAACCUAGUUACCGUUUGCCAGUUCUGUUGAGCUAGCUGCUGCUUCAAGAAGCUGACAGCAAGGACCACGUGUGAUAGAAGGAUAUAUUCACAAUGGUAACUUUUAGGAAGAAGGCAAAAUUAUGCCUUUAAGCUUCUUUAUUGAUACAAGAGAAAUAAAGAGGAGUCAAACCUGUCUGUCAUUAGGCUAGCUCUUUUUGAUGUGGCGAUACGUUAGCUAGCUAGUUAGCCAGCAUUCUGCUAACGUUAGCUAACUUAAGAUGUGACAAUGAGCAGUGUAGUGAUAGCUAUGGUGACUUUGACAGUCUCUCAACCUCAUCUUUUAACCAUCUUCAAAACUUGGUUCUUUUCAACAUAGACGAGUCCAGCACGGAGCAUAUAAGUAUGACAAGAAAGGGAAAAGUUGACGUUCUGCAGCGUUUAAGCUUGUUCAAUAGUUAUUGGAGCACAGAGCAAAAAUGGGUGGGACUUAGGAAGGGCUUAUUAUCGUUGGAAGAUUAUUCAAAGCAGACACUUAAAAUUAGCGUUCACUUGCAACCACAUUACCACUUCUUUUUUUUUUCCUUAAGAUAUUUUUUUGGGGCUUUUUAGCCUUUAAUGUAUAGGACAGACAAGCGUGAAGGGGGAAGUGAGAGAGGGGGAGUGACAUGUAGCAGAGGGCCACAGGCUGGAGUCGAACCCGGGCUGCUGCGGCAACAGCCUUGUACAUGGAGCGCCUGCUCUGCCACUAAGCCACCGGUGCCCCCACAUUACCACUUCUAUUGAAAGUUUUUGUUGAAGGUUUAAGGAGUCUGCUGUUUAAUUAUCAUAUUGUUUGGAAAUGAAUGGAAAGAAAUUGACAAACUAGAUUAAAAGUCUAAAAGUCUGCGACAUGCAUUCAUAGACUGUCAGCAGUAAUUAGAAGCUUACUUGCUUUGUAUUUAAAGGGAAAAAACACCAGUAUGGUGCUUUAAGUUGUUAUUGCUACUACAGUCUGUAUCCAUUGGUGCUUUUUUUUGUGCUUACAAUUAAAGGCCUCUAUGGGCUUGUAAACAAAAGUCACAUAUUUUACAAGUAACCUGUUAAUUGGACAGUUUGGGUAACCUGUCGAAUACAAGUCGAUGUAGGUUUUCUUGGCUUUCCAAGCAUGAAGAACUCCCUGGGCUGUGGGGCAGAUGGUUUUACCUGUGUGUGACUGUGUCUGAGGGCUGAGAGAAAUAAUACCACUCAUAAACCCUUAGGUUUUGGAUGAAGUUCUUGUUGAUCGGGAUUAAGUUAGAAGCUUGAUCUACGAGAACAGAAAAGCUUGUUCAAGUAAACAAAACAGCACUAACAUGCUUGGGGGUGAUCACCAACACAACCAUUAUCUAAAGAUGCCUUUGGGAAACAGCUCAUAGUUUGUGAAAAAUCAUCUUAAUUUCACUAGUUUUAAUUAGCGGACAGCAGUGUCGUGCAUUAGUGUACUAAACAAGCAUGUUUAUUGAACUAAGAUUGAUAUAUGGCACCCAGCAUGCCAGUGCUGUGUCAAAGAUUGUUUCCCUGUCAAUGUGUGUUUGUGUUUCCCCCAACCUACAUAUGAACCAAACCUUUUAUUUUACAUAACCAAGAAGGGGGCGCCACUCAUUUUAAGAAGCGGGUAACACUAUUUUGAUAACACAACACUGGCAUGGCUAUUGCACCUGGCAAUUUGUGCAAUACAGCUACCGAUGCUGCUGAAGCCGAACAGUUUAAAUGAACAUAUGAACAUAAACUAGUUCAUUUCAAUCUUUGUGAACUCAACUUUGAACUCUUGUGAAGUGUGAACGUGCACAACACUGGCUGACACUAAAUGAACAGGUUUAAAGAUUCUAUCCAUCAAUUACAAUUGUUUUAUUUUGUUUUAUUUGAAUCUCCAAUGAUAUGACUUGCAUACACUAUGUUACUAGUGCAUGGCUAUUUAUUCAGCAAUUAAGUGUGCUGUACUUUCCUGUGGCCUCGAGACCAUUUUAGCAAAACUCUUAAAGCAAACAACUUCAUUCCACGCUAUGUACUGCACGAGAACCUUAAAAGUGCAAAAGCCAAGGAUUAUCAUCUCCAGACUGUGCAGAUCAUGGUUAAAGCGAGUUGAAAGGUGGUGCAGUGUCGAUAUGAUGUAACACUGCAGCAAGCUGGUGUCAUGUUGGAAUUGACUCCAUUUUUCAUCACAAAAUUGAAACUUGCUGCAAGGAAUGCUCCUUUUAACGGCUUGUUUAAUGUAGAAUCGGAUCUUAUUUUUUCUGCCUUUCUAAAGACACUGUCACGUAUGUGUUAAAAAUAUGGAAACCCAUGAAACUGCAUUGAGGGAAUUGAAAUGAUCUGAUUCUAUCUGUCAUUUUUAAUGGGAGUAAAAACUAAACAUGGGUUUUUGUUUUUGCAGUGAGGAUGCUCAGUAGGUCACAUUCCCCAAUGCUCUACUGUCUUUCACACAAUUCAUCAAGUAUCAAUAGAUGGCUGGUCUGUUGCAUUAACACACUGUACAUAAACAAAAAAAAGAAAAAAACAACAGAAGAUAUUUUUGUUCUAUUGGUGUAAACAACUUGUGAAUAAAGUCUCAUUGUCGAUGCAGUAUUGUAAUGCAA